UCACGACACCCGCCUUUUUCAUGACAUCACAUCCGAUAUCCUCUGCAGGUGAACUUUAUGAGGCUCGUUUUUGCUUCCCUCAUAACGCUUGAGUUUUUCUCUAAUGACGUGAAACGCUGUACUUCUAAAUGAUAUAAGUAAGGUACACAACUGAAACAAGAUGGAUCCCUUAAGAGCUCAGCAACUAGCAGCAGAACUUGAAGUGGAGAUGAUGGCAGAUAUGUAUAACCGAAUGACUGGAGCCUGUCACAAAAAGUGCGUUCCUCCUCACUAUAAGGAGCCAGAACUGUCUAAAGGAGAGAGUGUUUGCCUGGACCGCUGUGUCUCAAAGUACCUGGAUAUUCAUGAGCGGAUGGGCAAGAAACUCACAGAACUGUCAAUGCAAGAUGAGGAACUGAUGAAGAAGAUGCAACAGGGAAUGGGACCUGCACAAUAAGAUUAUGGAGCUGUACUGUGAAUAUAUAUUUUAUAUUAGGCCUUAUGACAACAGAGCCUGGUCAUUUGGGUUACUUUUGAUACAUAUGGCAUUUUGUAUUUUAUUUCUGUUUUUAUUUUGUACUCCUAUUCGAUAGAGAACAUUUUCAGUAUUCAUUACAUAUACUUUUUUUUUUAUUUAAAGAACUCCAAAUCAUACAUUUCCAGAAAGCAUAGGCAUGGUACAAUAGAAAGAUCUGCUGAUUUUGUAGUUCCCAUGAUGGUUGCGCAAAGGUCUAUCAAAAAAAUAUUUUCAAUAAAAAUGCAUUAUGAUCAUUAUUAAA